GCUUGACUUUUCUGGUUUUAGUCUUUGAGGGAGAAAGAUUGAUACACUGCGCAUCGCGUUUCGCAAGAAAGAUAAAUUUAUAAAGCUGAGAGAUGAAUGGGGAAAGAAGAAAUCUUCCAACAAAACACCAAGCAAAUUGGCGGGUAUAAAUUGGGGAAAACAAGAAAACAUCGCAAACUUCGUAUGUGCAGAAACAACAUUAGAGUUUCCAAGAAAGUGAACAAAAAUUUCAUUUUUUUUAAAAUUUAUUUUUUGUCGUGUGGGUUUCCCGUUUCCCUAUCGAGUAUAGAGUUAAGGGCUAUAAUCCACCCACAAAGAAAAGAGUCAAGAAUCCAUUUUUUUCCCCCGUCUAUCUUCCCCUCUUUGCUUCUUCCAGUUCUUCGUCUGUCUUAGGUUGUCGGGCUGGAUUGGAGAAUUAUAGGUUUUGGGGGCCGAGCUAUGAUGGUAGCAGUUUAAGCGGUUGACUGGAAAUGGGGAAUUGCUUUGGAUCCGAGAUUGCUGACCCUAGCCGGAGCAGCACUACUCACCGCAGCUCUUCUUCACCUAGACCUUCCACUCCAGCAACUUCAAGAAACUACAGCAAUGGUGCUGCUACUGCAUUUUCGGCGACAAGCAGCAGUGCUGGGUUUAGCCGGUUUUCGACGGCAGGGAGUGAGGACCAGACACAUGUAAACGGGGAGAUUUUGCCCACGUCGAAUUUGAAGACCUAUACUUACGCAGAUUUGAAAUCUGCCACGAGAAAUUUCAAGUCUGACAUGGUCCUCGGGGUGGGAGGUUUCGGGACAGUUUUUAAAGGAUGGGUUGACGAGAAGACGCUCGCGCCUUCUAAAAUGGGCAGUGGAGUGGUAGUUGCGAUCAAGAAGUUGAACGAAGAAAGUAUGCAAGGAUUUGAGGAAUGGCAGUCAGAAGUAAAUUUUUUAGGAAGGCUUUCGCAUCCUAAUCUGGUUAAACUGAUCGGGUACUGCUGGGAAGAGAAAGAGCUGCUACUCGUCUAUGAAUUUAUGCAGAAGGGAAGUUUGGAGAACCACCUUUUCCGAAGGAGUGCUGUUGUUGAACCACUUUCUUGGGAUUUACGCCUCAAAAUUGCAAUAGGAGCAGCACGGGGCCUCGCUUUUCUGCAUACUUCAGAGAAGCAAGUCAUCUACCGGGAUUUCAAGGCUUCCAACAUUCUUCUCGAUGCGAAUUACAAUGCAAAAAUAUCAGAUUUUGGAUUAGCUAAAAUGGGGCCUUCGGGCGGGAACUCACACGUUACAACUCGAGUAAUGGGCACAUACGGCUACGCUGCACCUGAAUACGUUGCAACCGGUCAUCUAUAUGUGAAGAGUGAUGUGUACGGUUUUGGUGUCGUCUUGCUUGAGAUGUUGACUGGCAUGCGAGCACUUAAUACUAGGCGACCUAGCGGGCAACAUAAUUUGGUGGACUGGAAGAAACCCAUGCUCUCCCAGAAAAAGAAGUUGAAGUCGAUAAUCGAUGUUCGAAUGGAAGGCCAAUACUCGACAAAGGCAGCAAUGCAGGCUGCUCAGCUUACUUUGAGAUGCCUGGAGCAAGAACCCAGAAAGCGGCCUUCGAUGAAAGAAGUGGUGGAAAUUUUGGAGGAGAUUGAAGGUAUGGAGAAACCAAAGAAGUCAAAAAGCAGCAGAUCUGGGCAUUCUCAAUCAUCGUCUCAUCACCGUAAGCCUUCACCCCGACACCAUCCAACUUCACCUGGUCGCCCGAGCCCCCGUGGCGUUGGUGGGGCCGGAUCAAGAAGAUGACAAUACGUAAGUGGGCAGAUUCCUUGUACGUACUGGCAAUUUGGUUCUGUCUGCUGAGACUGUGAUUUACAUCAUCCCAAAUGCUCCAUCGGAUCAGGGUAUGGGUGGCCCUUAGGGUCAGGAAUUCAACCUUUUGGGGUCAAGAGAUUAAAUUUUUUUUAAAAAAAAAAAAAAAAAAAAAACAUCCAAAGGAGUUGCAUUCAGCAGUCUGUUGUUGUGUUAAUUGUUUCAUAUUUUGUUGUAAUUUUAAAAAGAAAAGCAUUAUUUUCAGAAUGUUUAUUUUUUUUGCAAAAUUUUGUAUUGGUUCUCACCUCAGUUUUCAGGGUAGUGUUGUGUGGAAUGAUUGUAUUUGUGAAUCAUCAUUUGUGCUAUGUAAUGUGCAAUUCUUUUCUAUCUUUUGGAUCAGAAAAACU